AAUAUACAUAGUAACGUGGACGAACAAUUUUAUAUAACUAAAAGCUGAUCACCGCUUAAAUUUUAUUUACACGUACACAUUAACCAGUGUUUUUUUUUAACCAGAAGGGCAUACUUUACUAAGUAAAAAAGACACAAUGAUGAAAGAAGACGUGCAAACCACAGCGCGUCACUCAAAGGACGUGUUACAUCCCCAUCUCCAGCAAAACAAUGCACAUCUGUUGAAAGAUGUCACUGAAUAUUAGCUAAACACACGUGGUCUCAUGGUCAUUUACAUAUUUCUUCGCGCUUGAUAUGGAGGAUUAUUAUUCCCUGCUAGGCAAAUUCUGAAUUUGUGGUACAUGAUCGCAGACUUCCCGUCGGAGAAGCAGCAGUCAGUCCAGUACAACAUGAAGCUUAAUCGACGUCCACUGUUGCUGCUGCUGCUACUCUCAUUUUGCCUUUCGAUCGACCCUCUUGUCAACAACAAACGCAGAAAAACGGACAAUAACGAGAAAAAGAAGGGUCAAGGCAUAGAAUCAGUGACGACCAUAAACAGACCAGCGGAUCCCGUAAAUUCAGUGACUACUCUGGGGACAGGAGAGCGGGCGCUGGAGGAAGACUUCGAGCGUAGUAUAAACGACAUGGUGCAGCAGUUGCGAAACAACAGCGAACUGUCCGGGAAUAAGUGUGAAAUCAGCCUGCGGAUCUGGGUAUCAAAUCGUAGGAGUCUGUCACCCUGGUCUUACAGGGUCAAUCAUGAUGAAAAACGAAUCCCAGUUGACAUUCCAGAAGCUCACUGUCUAUGUUCAGGAUGCAUUAACCCUUUCACAAUGCAAGAAGAUCGGACCAUGACAAGCGUGCCCAUUUACACCAAAAUCCCAGUUAAAAGAAUUUUGUGCAGCCGCGUUAGUACUGGUAAAAAGCAAAGAAAAAGAAAGAAGAACUGCAUGGAGGAAUAUAAAGCUGUAAUGGAAAGCAUUGCUGUUGGCUGUACGUGUAUCUUCUAAGCUCCUUUUGGUGCUUUCCUUGUGAAUGUGGUUGUCCUGUUAAAUUAUCUUGAACUCUUUUAACAAACCACUCUGCCUUCACAUGAGCUUUUACCAUUCUCUUAAAGCACAGGGCAGAGUAGAGAAAAAUGACUAUUAAAACAGGAGGUGUUCAUUUUUUUUCUUUAUCCCUUUAAUUAACUAAAAUAUAUUGAGAAAACCUCACACGUUCAAGAUAUGAAUAACCUGUGUAUAGUGCAGGACCUGUGUAAGCAUUUAAUUCUUGUUGGAAAGGCUACAAUGAAAUGGUACAUCAUCAUUUUUAUUUUCCCCAAAAUAUGUUUCUUUUAACUGGGGGCACCUAUUCUUCUUCACUUUGUCAGUUCUACUACUUACCUCCAGUAGUAACUUAAUAGUGGAACUUCUGGAUAUAAAGAAAGGGGAGAUUACCAAGUUCUGUACAUUGAUACCAAAUACUGGAUUAUGCAGUAUAAACACCUUCAUUAAAGCAAAAUAUAAUUAGAAAAAUUGUUUAAAAUUAAAAGCCCGAAUUUUGGAAGAAUCAAUUUAAAGCAUUCUUAUUA